GGCGCUACCUAGUGGGCGGCGUCGACUCUUUCCCUCUGUCUUGGCCGUUCGCUCAACAUCCACCUCACACGCAAACCCCACCAUGGCCGCAAAGGAGCCCGUGAAUGAUGAGGUGGCAGGUGAGAUCCUCUUUUCCGCCAACCAACCCACCGACCUGCCAAAUCGAGUCUCCAGACUCCUUCCAACCUGGCACCUAUCAGCUUCAAAGAAAGGCAUCACGCGAGAAUUCACUUUUCCCACCUUUACCAAGGCUUGGAAGUUCAUGACGCUGGUCGCAGACGAGUGCAAGGCCAAGAAUCAUCAUCCUUCGUGGUCGAACCUCUACAACCAAGUCACAGUCGAAUGGACCACCCACAGGCCCGAAGGACUCAGCAUCAAAGAUGUCGAGAUGGCCGAGUUUUGCGAUCGAGCUGCUGAUGACAUUGGGCUCAAAGGGUAAAACACUUGUCAUGGCGAGAAGAAGGACCGUCCAUGUACUAGACAUCAGCACAAAUCAUACUCUCGCUAAGCUUAUUACGGGCAUUGGUGGAUGCAAAGGACGAACCACACCAAAUGAUCAAUGUCGGGGUGUACAAUGUACUCAAGAGGAAUACUACUAGUCAGCCCAGCUACAUUGACUGGUCAACAGUCAACAGUCAGCGUGCUGGUGAGCCCGAGUGGAGCCUCCACGUUAUACUCACCUUAGGGCCG